CUGAAGAAAGUCAUGUCGUCUGGCACCCUCAACGAUAAGAUGGCUUCCAUGAUGCUCAUGAUACAACAGUCGCCCGUCCACAGGCUCCAGGUGCUGGACAUUCUGCUGAAGAUGGCGUCGAAGCGAGGGAAGAGGGAGCACUCCAUGGCUCUGGAGACCCUUAAGGAUCUUUUCGAGACCGACCUCCUCCCCGACAGGAAGCUGACGUACUUCCAUGAGCAGCCAGUUGACGAGCAGGCAGCUCGCAACCCCACGCUGCUGGUGAUGUGGUACUUUGAGGAUGCAGUGAAGCACAAGUUCGCAGAGUUCAUCACUCACCUCGAGGCGGCGACCCACGACUCGCUCACGCACGUCAGGACAAAAGUCUGCAGGAUGUCCUACGAUCUCCUGCGGACCAAGGCGGAGCAGGAGCAGGCGAACCUUUUCUUACUGGUGAACAAGCUCGGAGACCCUGACAAGAAGGUCUCUUCUCACGUCAUGUAUCUCCUCAACAAACUCCUGCUAGAGCAUCCUGCCAUGAAAGCUGUUGUAGCCGCCGAGGUCCAGCGCCUCCUCUUCCGCCCCAACGUCUCUGACAGGGCAAAGCACUACGCUACAGCCUUCUUGAACCAGAUCAUCCUCGCAAAGCAGGACGGGGAGCUGGCAAAGGGGCUCGUGGGGUCGUACCUUGGGCUAUUCAGGAAGCACAUGGAAGAGAAGAAGAACUUCGAGGACAAGACGCUGACUGCCAUCCUGACGGGGGUCAACCGCGCCCUCCCCUUCCUCCCCCUGCCAGUGGCUGCUGCUGUCAUAGGAGAACAUCUGGACUCGAUCUUCAAGAUGGUCUAUGUCGCUACUUUCAACACCUCCAUCCAGGCGCUUCAGGUUUUGUUUCAAGCGACAGCUGAUGCCCAUGGAAUACCUUCAGCUCGAUACUAUCGAGCCUUAUAC